AUGGCAUACGGAAUAGAAACCACCAAACUGCUUCGGGUAGCCGAAAUGAAAACGCUCAACGAAUUGGGUACAAAAAGGGCUCAGCUCACGUCUGGUACACUGUUUAAACCAAACCCCCUUACAGAAUAUUCCAUUAGUGAUAAUCAAGAUGUAUCCGAGAAGAAGGAAGGCCAAGUAAUUGUUGUAACUUCAUCUAAUUCUUCAGAAAAUCCAGAAUUUACUGUAACAAUGACAACCGAAUAUAUGAACCACUUGGAGAAGUCUGUACAAUCACUUCAAGCCAAAGUCAAAGAAUUGGAGGAACUACCUGGAAAUUUGAAACUCUACGAAGCUAUUAAACAGGAAGGAUCCUCUCCCGUACUUGAUAUGUUUCAAAUAUUAAAUUUACAAAAGAGGAUGGAUGCAGUAGAUUUAAGUAUUGAAAAAUUAGCUUCAAUGCUAGAAACUGCUGCUAAGGGAUUUCCUUCACCUACUUUUGAAGAAAAUGGAGGACUUGAAGACCUGGGAAGACGAGUUAAAGCACUUGAAGACCAAUUUGGCAAACGAGGUUCAAAGAUGUCAAGAGGUUCAAAAGGAUUGAUCAAAAAGGUAGGUCCUACUUCUUCCAAAGAAAUAGCUAAGGAAUCCAAGGAGUUUGAAGGUGAAGAUGAUGAUAUUGCUACUUCUAUUCAAAAUUUGAAAAAGGAGAUAGAAGCUAUAAAAGAAGUCCUAUUCAAAAAUGAAUCUGUUUUUGCGACUGAUGAUCGUAGAGAGUCGACUGUUGAAAACCAACCCGUUGAGAUAAGAAUUAAGGGCGUUGAAAACAAACAAGCAGAAUUCAUAGACCAGCUCAAUUCGUUGGACUACGGUUUUAGUAGACUUCUCAACACGUUGCAAGGCAGAGUUGAAGAUCUUGAAAGAGAUGUGGGUGAACUUUUAGAAAAAAUACAUAUGAUGCCAAUUGGUGGAGAAAUGGGUGAUACCACAAAUAUCGAUUCAAUACAAAAACAACUCAAAUCAAUGGAAAGUGACUUCGAAAAUAUAAUGGAGAAUGUAAAGAAACUAACAGAUGAAAGAGCUGCAAAGGAACACGCAAUAGAUGUUCUCAUAGAACAAAUAGAAUUACUAAAAACUGUUAAAGCUGAUAGAGAAGAUCUCGAAGAUGCAUUAGCCGAUAAAGCGGACGCUUGUCAAAUAAACAGAAAAGUAUCUUACGAACAAUUCGACCAAGCAUGUGGGGAUAUAAAUAAAAACUUGGAAGAAGCAUUAGCCAAGCUUGCUCAACAGGAAACAUUAUGGACCCAAACUCUGACGAGCAUUCAAGGUGAAGUUGGUAGCAAAAUGGAUAAGAAUGAGCUGACUCCAUUACGAGAAUUUAUUAAUAAUAAACUGAAAUCGCUACAAGAAAAAUUCAAAGCUCUUUCAGCGAUGAAGAAAGAACAAGAAGCAGCUGGCACCAAAACUAGGUUCCUAAGAAACGUCAACUGUAUAUCAUGUGAUAAAGACGUAGUUAUGCGUAGAGAUGUGGAUUCAUCUAUGUAUCCCAAACCGUAUUCCUUACCACCCACGAAAAGCGUCGGUCCAUAUUUAGCAUACGAGCUAGACCAGUUGAGAAAACAACAGAAAUGCAUACCAAGUAAUAAAAACAUCAAUAUGUUUGAGAAUGCUUUGCAAAGUAGUCGAUCUGCAAAGAGUACAGAUCAUAUCUGUAAUAGAUAUUGCGGUGGUAGCCACACUGUUACUACCCCUCACCAGAGAGUUACGCGAUUAGGUCAUUUUAUUGAACAAUGGGGUCCUGAAAUAGCCCCUGCAGUCGAUUCCCAAGUCAGAGGAACCGAUGGUAAACUGUACAAAGCCCGAGAUGAUGCUCAUCUCAAGAAACUCGCUGCCGAAAAACCUCCAAUUUCACAUGCGGAAAGCGCAGCUCCAGCAAUGAUAAUAUCAGGAGAUCCUCCGACCACGAAAAAAAGUAGUUCACAAAUUGAUAAAUCAGAGGCCAGUCAUCAUUCGCAGUUUUCGUUAAAAGACGAAGCUUUUCCGUCAGUGACAAAUUUAGCACACAAUGAAGAAGACUUAGGCACUGAUCCUCAAAAGGAGUAAUGAAAAUGACAGAUACAAUUAAAUUAUAUUUUACAUAUUUUAUUUAAUAUACAAAUUCAAUGCAGAAUUUAUUUAUUUUUAUUAUUGUUUAUACGAAAGACGAUAGUACAAAAAAAUUAAAACUCAUUCUUCAAUGGAAGUGGAAACAAAAUGCUUGAAAGCUCACUACCUUUGUUCUCAAUCAAAUAACAUAGACAAACCAACCACACUACCUAGUAAAUGUAUUUUUAAAUUCUAAACCUUUUAUUAAUCUUAAACUUUCACUUCUUAAUAAGGUUAAAGCUACAUGUGUGAGUUUUAAAACUAUUAAGCAAAUGUAAAAUGAAGUUAACAAAAUUGAUAGUGGAAUGUCGAUGUUAUCAACAAUAAAUAAGAACUUAUGUUUAUCAAGAGAUGUGCCAGCAAAUCUAAUAUUGCUCUAAUACAACAAUCCAAAAUCCUUCUAUAACUAGUCAAUGCACCAAGAGACAGUACAAGAAAGAAACCGUAACCACUACCUGAAGCUGGACAGCCAUUCUAAUCUACUACAGCCACUAACCUAAGAAUCAAACAACAGAAGACUGAGGCUGGCAAAUAAAUUGCAAGAGAUCUCACUGGAGAAGUCUCAUUGGGACAUUCCCAAAACCAACCUAUAGGUCCAUAGUCAACAGAAUAAAAUAUUUAUCAAAAGAGUUGCGCUCGAUAAAUAUGAUCGAACAAAAAAAAAUUUCAUGUUACAGAAAAGGUCGUACCAGCUUCAAAACGAAUCGAUAAAAAAUAUUAUAUUAUUAAGGAGGGAAAAAACUUAGAAGACAUCCAUAAGAUAGUUUUGUGGACAUAAAAUGAAAACUAAUCAUCCAAUCAUAAUAAUAAGACAAUCUUUCGACGUUUAAGAGUAAAAUUUCUAUCAUGAAUCCAGUUUUAUAGAGAAGAAAAGCUUCCUACUAUUUACUCGAAUGAAACUUACAUUCAUUCUUCACAUACACGCAAAAUAUUUUGGAAAAAAAUUGAUGUGAUUCCGAGACAAAUUCGGAGACCGAUAGCAGCGGAAAGGAUUAAUUAAUAUUUCGAUCUAUCAGAUAUUGAAGAAUUUUUUUAUGAAAAUGAACCAUCUUCAAAUGGGGAAACUACAAUUUGAUUUGUAUCAAAAAAAUAUUCAAAUUUGUAAACUAUUUACUUUCAAACUCUGAAGACGAUAACUUUGUUAUCGAAACGAGCGUCAAACAAUGUAAUUGUAUUAGUGUAGUGUAAACAGUAUGAAUAUCGCCAACGGUUCCAGAAAUCUCCUUAAUAUUCUGAUCCCAUCAAAAAUAUAAUCAAUGCAUAUUAUUAAUUGGGAUGUAAUAUGUCCUUGAAAAUAUACUUUUCACAUUCCCACCUAGUUUUUCUGGGAAAUAUGGUUGCGUCCAAGGAAAAUAGGAAUCAGUAAUGUUUGCAAACUACUGUAAUUGAAAGACACUCCGAAUAUGUGAAACAGUCCAAGAAAACAUGUUUUUUUAGUGCUGAAGUUUCAUAAAUACUUCAAAACAACAAAUUUCUUUGUAACAAAAAUGUGAUGUGAUUCAAAUUUGUUUUCACCUUUCUUAUUUACUAUUUCUACGAGGAAAAAAUUGAUAAUUUUUGUGUUGCCUAGUAUAAUAGACAGGUGUUGGUUUAAUUGGGAAUAACUUAACCGUCAUCUACACUUGAGAUAUUUUUCAGUUCAUACCUGUACAGUUGAAUUUAAAUUACCUUGUACAUUGUUUAAAUUUUGAUCACUACCUGAAAACUCUAUCAAAGAAGUUAAUCCCGAUCCAUUUUAAUUAAUAAUUUUAAAUGUUUCAUUAUCAAAAUUGAAUU